CAAAAACAAAAGCAAAAAAGAAAGGGCAAUCUAGAACACGAAACCUCUACUCUACAGAAUCGUAAUUAGAAACGUCAAUGGCGAGAGAUAAGAUAAAUCAUGAAACUUAGCUUAAUCACAAGGUCAAAAUCUUCAUUAGUUUUGAAAAGUCUAUUUCUUCAAACUUACAUUCCAAGAAAAGCACCCAACCUCACCCUCUCCUCAAUACCCCAUCACCUGAAUCCUUUACAAACAGGGGAAAGAACACCACUGCAUCUUCUUCUUCUUCUUCUAAGAGAUGGCUUAUGUAGACCAUGCCUUCUCCAUUACGGACGACGACAUAAUGAUCGAGUCAUCUUACGUUGUCAACAAUCGCCCUCCCGUCAAGGAGAUUGCUCUCGCCGUCUCUCUCCUAGUUUUCGGCGUCACCGGCAUCGUUUUGGGCAUUUUUAUGGCUUCCAACAAAAUCGGCGGUGACCGUGCUCAUGGGCUUUUCUUUGCGAUUCUCGGAGUAGUACUGUUUAUACCUGGAUUUUAUUAUACAAGGAUUGCUUACUAUGCUUAUAAGGGAUACAAAGGCUUCUCCUUCGCCAACAUACCACCCGUCUAGUUAAUGAUAAGCUCAAGCUCCAGUUUGCCCCAGCUACUCAUGUACAUAUCUUUCUCCAGUUGUGCUUAUUUCUUUAUUAAUGUACUUGUGGUUCUUUGCUCUUUGUUUCUUUCAAUAGUUUUGUUUUUUAAUUGUUCUGAACAGCCGGUUUUUGUUGCAAUAUAGUUGAAUAGUGUCUUGAGUUA